AUGUCAAUACCUCCUCCCGUUUAUCCAACUCAAUGGGGCACUGUCCAGCCAGCUAACCCAUUUGAUCCAGAAAAGGCAGCUGAGGCUCUAAGGAAGGCUAUGAAAGGCUUGGGCACAAACGAGGAUGCCAUUAUUCAAGUCCUGACAUCACAUUGUAAUGCUCAGCGACUAGAGAUUGAGAAGAAGUACAAACAGAUGCAUGGGCGGGACCUUCGAUCUGACCUCAAAUCGGAGCUGAGUGGGAAGUUUGAAACGAUAGCCAUUGCAUUACUGGACCAUCCUCGUAUUUAUGAUGCAAAUGAAUGCAAUGAAGCAAUCAAGGGUGCAGGCACAAAUGAGGACACUCUUAUUGAAAUACUUUCUACCCGAAGUAAUGCAGAGAUUGCAGAAAUUAAAAGCCAGUACAAAAUUUUGUUUAAACGAGACCUGGAGCGGGACAUCCAGUCUGACACCAGUGGUGACUUCAAGCGUCUCCUGACCUCUCUGGUGACUGGUGCGAGGGAAGAGAGGCCACAGGUGGAUGUGGAGCUGGCCAAGAAGGAAGCUCUUGAACUCUUCCAGGCAGGGGAGAAGAAAGUCGGCACUGAUGAAGCCACCUUCAACCGUAUCCUGUGUCUGCGCAGCUUCCCCCAGCUGCAGGAGACUUUCAACCAGUACAGGGUUGUCAGUGGCAAGGACAUUGAGAAGGCCAUCGUAUCCGAAACUAGCGGCAACCUGGAGCGGGGGCUUCUGGCAGUAGUGAAAGCUGCCAAAAAUCCUGGUCAUUAUUUUGCUGAACGUCUUUACGAAAGUAUGAAAGGGGCUGGAACUAAUGACAGAGCUCUCAUCAGGAUAAUUGUGUCUCGCAGUGAGAUCGACAUGGUGAUCAUCAAAAAUGAAUUCCAGAAAACCUAUGGCAAAACUCUGGCCAGCUUCAUUAAGGGAGACACCAGCGGAGACUACAAGAAAACGCUCAUUGCCAUCGUCAAAGAAUAA